GUACUCCUUUUAUCACCCUCGGCAUGUCUGACACAUCGACCGUGCGUAUCAAGCUGAUAAUUCUGGGCGAUUCCGGGGUCGGAAAAUCAAGCCUCAUUAGACGCUUUGUUGAGGAUCACUUCCUGUCAGAUGAACCGGCGACCAUCGGAUUUGAUUUUAAGCCAUUUAAUAUUGAUGUGGAUGGGGAGUCAGUUCAGUUUAACAUUUGGGAUACAGCGGGUGCUGAGCGAUACAGUGGCUAUCUUACACCUUCCUUUUAUCGUGGUGCUAAUGGCGCAUUCUUUGUAUAUGAUAUUACCUCUAGCAAAAGUUUGCAGUCAGUUCACUAUUGGGUAGAGCAAGCCAAGCAAUUUACGAACCACUCUUUGAUGAUGAUGCUGGUUGGCAACAAAGUUGAUUUGGUUGACAGAGAGGUCAGCAAACGUGAUGGGGCGGAAUUCGCAAGGAAAAGUGGUAUGAUCUUUCUGGAAACGAGUGCCAAAACAAGUGAAAACGUUCAUGAUGCCUUCAUUGAGCUAGCUCGAAAAAUUCUCCAGGAUCCUGAAUUCCAGUCGUUACACCCUCAUAGAGGUUUGUCACUUGAAAACUCAGAACCGGUCGGCCACGAGUCUUCCUCCUGUAACUGUUGACUUCUGCCUUCGGCAGGCUGGUCAUGAAUUCAUUGGAUGCUUUUCCACUUAUUUGAUUUGAUGACAGCAACGUGUGUUUUACAUGCCUAAGCUGUACAAAAUGAUGACUCCUGUUCAUUCAUUUCUUCUAUUUUCUCUUUUUGUGAUCUCUUUUUCCAUUAACUUUUUGCCCACAUACCUAAGCGAAGCUGUGAACUUUUAUCUGUAGCUUGGUUCUAAUCUAAUUACUUAUAAAAUGGUAGAAGCUGUCUCACUUUUCACCAUUCGCCUUCCUCUACAGCACUCCUCCUCAGCUUGACAGCUAGAAACCCUGCUUUUUCUCAGUCAGCAUUGUGUAUUGAUUCCAGAAAUUAUUUCUUCCACCAUAACGUCCUUGUCACUGAUUCCCCCAACUCUUGAUAAUCUCAGUUGAUCCCAAACACAUGUAAGGGGGAGAGCAAACGUAGUGGGUUUGGAUGCCUGAUGUACCGUGUACCUUUUGUGUUUUUGACCCAUGUUUUUAACGUCCGUUUACUUUCAGAGAUACUAAUUACCACAUGUUGCUGUUCUCCUUUGUCAUGUACACUCUAAAUUUUCAAUUUGUUGUACUUCAAAGCGAGGAUUGAACACAGGCUCAUCUCGUGUCGACGUUACCAAUACCGGUCCGGUUUGUUUAUGCUAAUCAGUUAAAGUCUAAUAUCCGACUUUUGGUUAAACCGGUCGCCUUAGUCUCC